AUGGACCGUCAAAAGCUGGCUGCGCUGCUCCAGGAGAGCCAGAUCCCGGAUACCCAACGGAUCAAGGCCAUCACAGCCGAGUUACAAAAGAACUAUUACUCCCACCCAGAGUCUCUGCUUCUUCUCAUCGAAAUCCUCUGUACUCACGAGGAUGUCGGCGUGCGCCAACAAGCCGCCGUCCAGGCGGCCCGACUGGUGCCUAAGCACUGGAAGUCCGUCCCUGCCCAGCAAAAGGAUGGCGUCCGGCGGCAUCUCGUCGAGGCCACGAUGAAGGAGCAGAAUCCCAAGUGCAGGCAUGCCGAGUCUCGAGUCAUUGCAAACAUUGCCAACCUCGACUUCGACGAUGGCGAGUGGCCCGACCUCUUGCCCGCCCUCUUCACCCUCGCCAGCAACAACGAUGUCGCCCAGCGCGAGGUCGGCUCCUACAUCAUUUUCAGCGUGCUCGAGGAGAACCCAACCCACUUCAGCGACCACCUGCACAAACUGCUCGAGCUCUUCAGCCACACAAUCCAGGAUCCCCAGAGCCGCGACGUCAGAGUGAACACAAUGAUGUCUAUUGCUGCCAUGCUCAUGCUGAUUGAGCCUGAGGAGGAUGAGAAGUCGGUUGCUGCUCUGCAGGAGCUUAUUCCUUCCAUGGUCAAUGUGCUCAAGGAUGCCGUUGACAACGGUGACGACGAGAGAACUAAGCAGUCGUUCGAGGUUUUCCAGCAAUUCCUCGCAUAUGAAUCCGCGCUCCUCGCGAAACAUCUGCGCGACCUCGUGCAAUUCAUGCUGGACUUGGCCGCCAACAAGAACGCCGACGACGAAGUUCGAUCACAAGCCCUUGCUUUCCUCGCUCAGACUGUUCGAUACCGCAGGAUGAAGAUCCAAGCCAUGCGAGACAUGGGCGAACAGCUGACUCUCAAGAGCAUGGAGAUUCUGACCGAGAUUGAUGAUGACGAGGACGAGGACGAGAUCACACCCGCUCGCUCUGCUCUCACUCUUCUCGACCAGUUGGCCAAUGACCUCCCUCCUCGUCAGGUCCUUGUACCGCUUCUUAAUGCUUUCCCGAAGUUCGCUUCUUCGCCGGACCCGGGCCACCGAAAAUCCGGUAUCCUGGCCCUAGGGAACUGCGCCGAGGGUGCUCCGGACUUCGUCUCCACUCAGUUGAAGUCAAUCAUGCCUAUUGUAGUACACCUACUUAAUGAUUCGGAUACUGGCGUUCGUCAUACUGCGCUUGUCGGCCUGACAAGAAUUGCCGAUGAGAUGGCUGACGAGCUGGGAGACUGGAGAGAUGAUCUGAUUGAGGGACUUUUGAAGAACCUGCAAGCCGCUAUGGCAGAUACUCCAGACCCCAAGGCGGCCAAGAAGAACGUCGAGAUCGUCCGCUCUGCAUGCGCAGCCCUUGACGCAAUGUCUGACGGCAUUGAUGCCGAAGUUAUGAAAAAGUACGGCCCGCAGUUGAUUGAGCCUAUCGGGAGCCUGUUGGCUCACCCCGACUUCCUCGUCAAGGCUGCGGCCUCGGGAGCCCUUGGCGCGAUUGCUGGCUCCAUGGGUACGGACUUCAAGCCAUAUUUCGGCAACACCAUGACUGCCCUUGGAGAGUACAUCACCAUCAAGGAUAGCGAAGAUGAGUUGUCCUUGCGUAGCGGUGUGUGCGAUGCAGUGGGCCGCAUCGCCUCGGCAGUUGGUCCUGAAAUGUUCCAGCCCUACGUCUUGGAUCUCAUGAAGGCUACAGAGGAAGCUCUGAACCUUGGCAAUCCGCGUCUAAGGGAAACCAGCUUCAUCCUGUGGAGUUCGCUAGCAAAGGUGUACGGCGUUGAAUUCAAGCCUUUCUUGGCCGGCGUCUUCAAGGGCCUUUUUGACAGCCUAGAGCUCGAAGAAGAAGAGGUCGUUCUGGAGUUGACAGAGGAAGAGCAGGCUAUAGUUGGAGGCACCGAAGAGGUCAUUGCUGGUGGCAAGAAGGUCAAGCUUCGCAAGCCAGAGGAUGAUGACGGUGUUAUGGAUGCUGAUGAGGAUGGUGAUGAUGAGGACUGGGAAGAUUUUGGCAUCUCCCCGGAGGCGAUGGAGAAGGAGGUUGCCAUCGAGGUGCUCGGAGAUGUUAUCACACAUGCCUGCGGCCCCGAAGAGAUCAAGCAGUACCUCGAGAAGGCUAUUGAGACAGUGACUCCACUUGUCGAGCAUGGCUACGAGGGCUGCCGCAAGGCGGCGAUUAGCACACUUUGGCGAGCUUAUGCCAGAGUCUGGCUCUUGAUGGAAGAGGAGACUGGUGUGAACUGGGAGGCAGGCUUCCCUCCGAAGCAAGCUCCCACGCCUACUCUUCUUAAGCUUGGCGAAAUCGUUUCGAAGGCCACCAUGCAGUUGUGGACUGAUGAGAGCGACCGCAAUGUCGUCACCGAGAUCAACCGCAAUGUUGCUGCAACUCUGAAGGCCACUGGCCCUGCUAUCCUAGCGCAAGAGAACAUGCUACCACAGACAGUCACCGUUCUUGGCACCAUUAUUACCCGCUCUCAUCCUUGCCAGCAGGACCUUGGCGACGAAGAAGAUGAGCAAGACGUGGAAGGAACGUCAGAAUAUGAUUGGCUCAUCAUCGACACUGCUCUCGAUGUUGUGAUCGGUUUGGCCAUCUCCCUGAGCGUGUCAUUCGGGGAGUUAUGGAAGGUCUUUGAGAAACCCCUCAUGAAGUUCGCUUCCUCAAAUGACCGCACAGAGCGCUCCACCGCAGUGGGCGUCAUUGCCGAGUGCUCAGCUCAUAUGGGUGAGGCUGUUUCGCCUUACACGGCGACGCUACUUAAGCUUCUACUGCAUCGCCUCAGCGACGAAGAUCCCGAGACGAAGAGCAACGCUGCCUACGCAGUCGGCGAGCUGAUCUACAACUCCACGGACAGCCAGGCCUAUCUGCCGAGCUUCAAUACCAUUCUCUCAAAGUUGGAGCCAAUGCUUCAGAUGGAUCACUCGCGUAUCAAGGACAAUGCCGCCGGAUGUGUCACUCGCAUGAUCAUCUCCAAUCCCGAGCGAGUUCCCAUCAGCGAAGUUCUGCCUGCUCUCGUAGAUCUUCUGCCAUUGACGGAAGAUUAUGAGGAAAACUCGCCUGUGUACGAGUGCAUUUUCAAGCUCUACCAGCAAAACGAGCCUACCGUCCAGCAGCUUACGCCUAAGCUUAUCCCUGUUUUUGCAAAGGUUCUUUCACCUCCUCAGGAACAACUCGAGGAUGACACGAGGGAACAGAUCAAGCAGAUCAUCCAACUGCUUUACACGGCUUCCCCUGCCCUCUUCCAAGGACACGAGGAAGUGCUGAAGCUUGCUGAGACAGCAUAG